AUGCAAUUAAUCCGGGUUCGUGUCCACGCUGCCCUGGCGCGCACGAUCAAUCCUUGGCUCUAUAAAAGCCAAGAAGUAGUAGCAUCAACAGCAGCAAAGUCUUCUUCUUCUUCGUCUCCGACAUACAUACAUAUCGCGGCCGGCCGGCUUGCGCGUGGAUCAGGACAGGAGGAGCUGGCUAACCCGGAUCAACUGGAGGGCUUCGCCUCCGAGUUCGAGUUCGAUACGGAUCAGAGGGAGACCGCGGAGCAGCGGGACAAGUUCCUGGUUCUCCGGCUGUACGAGGCCCUGGGCGCCGGCGAUCGCGCCGCCGUGCACUCCCUGCUGGCCCCGGACCUCGAGUGGUGGUUCCAUGGCCCGCCAAAGCACCAGCACAUGAUGCACCUCCUCACCGGCACUCCAUCAUCCUCAUUCGCCUUCGUCCCCCACUCCGUGGACGCCCUGCCAGGCUCCGGCACCGUCAUCGCCGAGGGCGCCGGCGAGCACGGGGGCUGCUACUGGGUGCACGCGUGGACGGUGGGUCCUGAUGGGGUGAUCACGCAGCUCAGGGAGUACUUCAACACCGACCUCACCGUCACCCGCCUCCUCGCAAACUCCGGCAAGUGCUGCGUCUGGCAGAGCCGCCGUCCCGACCAAGCCCAAAACUCCCUCCCCUGCCUCCUCCUCGCCCUCUAGCUCCUCCAGCGCCGCCGUCGGGCAGCUUAAUUAUACUUGAUUUGGCUGCUGAAUGGGCUGACCGACGUCGUUGCGAGCUCGAUCGAUUGAGUUACCUGUCACUAGCUUAGCUAGCUGCUGCUUGCAUAAUGUCGUCUUCCUUGUUCUCGUUGUUGUUAUCAUGGUGGAGUAAUAAAGGAGGAGGACCAACUUGGCCUUUUCCUUUGCAAAUGUCAUAUGUACUGGGACAAGUUUAUUGUAUUGGGACUAGUUGAUCUGAUUUUAGUAUUUGAGGUAAAGGCAAUUCAAGCAAAGCAAAAA